AUGCCUUGUGUGCACUAUAAAUUUGCCUCUAAACUCAACUACGACAUCAUCAUCUUCGAUGGGCCCCAUAUCUCCGUCUGUGACUUAAAGAAGCAGAUUAUGGGGAAAGAAAAGCUGAAAGCUACCAAGAACGACCUGCAGAUCACCAGCGAGCAGACGAAAGAAGAAUAUACCGACAAUGCGCUAAUCCCUAAAUACUCAUCUGUAAUUGUGAGAAGAAUUCCUACUGUGGGUGUUCAGUCCACGAGGAAGACGUCUGUGAUACGUCAAGCUGCCAAUCUGGCUGAAGCCAAUGCUUCUGAGGAAGAUAAAAUUAAAGCAAUGAUGUUGCAAUCUAGCCAGAUGUACAACCCAUUCAAUUACGUGAAGAAAUCGCUAGGUCCACCGACUCCGUUUCACGACCGUUUCCGUUCUGGUAAACCUGAUCAUUACAAUAAGAAUUGCUCAACAAACGGGGUUGAGAACUCAUCUGGCCGCAGACUCAGAAAGAGCUCUGGGAUUCCUCGAAGCUUCAUGAUGGAAGUGAAAGACCCUCACAUGAAAGGGGUAAUGCUUACGAACACCGGCAAAUACGUAAUCCCGAUGAUAGAUGCAGAGGCCUAUGCGAUCGGGAAGAAAGAGAAGCCACCCUUCUUACCAGAGGAGCCAUCUUCAUCUUUAGAAGAAGACGAUGCUGCCCCAGAUGAGUUCUUGUGCCUCAUCUGCAAGGACAUCAUGACUGACGCUGCUAUCACCCCCUGCUGCGGAAACAGCUACUGUGACGAAUGUAUUAGGACAGCACUCCUGGAAUCAGAUACACAUACGUGUCCAACAUGCCACCAGGACGAUGUUUCUCCUGAUUCUUUAGUUGCCAACAAGUCUUUACGGCAGGCCGUGAAUAACUUCAAAAAUGAAACGGACUAUACGAAAAGUCUCCGGACACAGUCACCUCCACCGCCUCCCCCAGUAGCACCACCAAGAUCUCAGAGCGAAAUAUCACAGAAGACUCAAGGCCCGUCACUACCGGCAACACCAGUCCUUGUGCCUGCUCCACCACCUCCUUUGGACCAGCCGCCUCCCCAUGCAUGGCCUCUUCCUCCACACGUACCUCCCCCACAGUGCUCUCCUCAAUUUCCUCCCGGCCAGCCCCCACCUGCAGGAUACAGUGUCCCUCCUCCAGGGUUUCCACCAGCUCCUGCCAAUCUCUAUGGGGUGCCACCAGGAGUUCAGACUGCUCAUUCAAAUACCAUCCCUACAACGCAAGCACUACCUUUGUCCAGGGAAGAAUUCUAUCGGGUGCAACGAUGUCUAAGGGAAGAGGAAAAGAAAAAGUCCAAGCUAGAGUUGACAAAUAAUUUUGCUAAGGAAUUGAUGGGAUACAAACAGAUUCAAAAGGAGCAUCGGCGCUCAUUUUCCAGGUCUAAACGUCCCUAUGGUGGUUCGUCAUAUUCAAGAAACUCAUACACUUACUCAAAGUCAAGAUCUUGCUCCACACGGUCCCGCUCUUACUCGCGAUCCUUCAGCCGCUUGCACUCUUGCUCCUAUUCACGCUCACCUCCGUACCCCAGAAGAGGCAGAGACAAGAGCCGUAAGGACCGUUCACGGUCCAGAUCUCGUGGUUAUCACCGAUCUAGGUCAAGGUCACCUCUAUAUAGACAUCAUCAUUCACGGUCAAGAUCUCCUCAAGCAUUUUGGGGACAGCCUCCCACUAAACGUAAUGUACCUCGAGGAGAAACAGAACAUGAGUAUUUUAACAAAAACAGAGACGUUCCAUCCGCUGGUGACACUAAAGACUAUCACGGAUGGAGUGUUGACUUUAGAGACCCAUUUGAGAAAGAACGCUACCGGGAAUGGGAGAGGGAAUACCAAGAGUGGUACGAACAGUACUACAAAGGAUGUGCUCUGGGGGCUAACAGAGAGGACCUCUCCCCAGAGACACUCUUACCUCUUAAUAGCAGAAAUUCACCCUUCAGAGGAGGGGGCGGAGAAGACUAUGCUGCUGGACAAAGUCAUAGAAAUAGAAAUCUAGGUGGCGACUAUCCAGAAAAGCUUUCAACAAGAGAUCGUCACAAUCAAAAAGAUAACACCAAAUCAGAAGAGAAGGAGAGUGAUACCAUCCCAGGAGACGAUAAAGGAAACAAACAUAAGAAACGCAGAAAACAAAGAAAGGGGGAGGAGAGGGAGAGCUCCCUGAACCCUGAACUGGUAGAAACGCCCAGGAAAUCCAGGGAGCCAUCAGGAGUUGAUGACACUAAGACACUGAUUGUUCUCCCAAGUAGAGAUGAUGCUACACCGGUUAGGGAUGAGCCAAUGGAGGUUGAAUCUACCAGUUUCAAAUCAGAGUCUGAAACAGACAAGGGAGAAAAAGAUAAGCCAGAAGUUAAAAGUGACAAAACCAAACGGAAAAUGAUGGCUCUGCUGCGACCAAGAAGGAAAGUCAUUAAAACCAUGGAGGAAUAUGAUAUUGAUAAUACAGCUCCUGUUGACGAUGUUAUAAUUAGGGUCCAGUUUCCUUAGUCCAAAUGGGAUAAAGAUGACUUUGCAUCUGAAAAAGACAUUAAAUCCACACAACCUAUGCAGAAUGUAGGGAAACCAUCUAGUACUAUGAAAAAUGUUAUUGUAAUAGUCAAGGACACUGAGGAAGAAUUGCAUCAGAAAAUUCAGAAGCUCACCAAGGAGGUGAGCCAUGAAAUGAUACCACACACGGUCCAAAUCAAAGGCUCUGCGUCCAGUGAGAAGGGGGGAACCAAAGACCGGGACCACUCGGUAUUAGAGAAGGAAAUACCCAACAAGGGGAAGAGCAGUGCCCAUCCAGAGAAGGAGAGCACCAUGGACCGUCUGAAUGGACAAGGAAAUUGUAAGAACCUGUCUCAGUCUUUCAAAGAGACCAGGACUUCAGAUAAGCGUGAAUCCAUUUGUGGUCCCUCAAAUAAAGACUUCACUCCUGGUAGAGACAAGAAAAUGAACUAUAACAAAGGAGAAUACUCCAGUUCCAAGUGAAGAGAUGAGGGAAGUGAGCUAGCAAGAAGGAAGGACUCUCCUCCUCGGAGUAAAGACUCUUCAUCUGGACAGAGAAGUAAACCCAGGGAGGAAAUUGCCUAA